UCACAGGCUGAAGAACAAUGGCUUCCUUCAGCAACCUGACUAUUGGCAUUGUUGUUGCCAGUUUUACUGUAUUUCAGCUCCUGUUCCAUGUUUUAAGUUCUUGGGUGUCAACACGAGUAACACCUGGUUUUAACAAUCUCAGCCAGAAAAGGAAGAUUGAAUGGAAUUCAAGGACAGUGUCCACAUUCCACGCCUUGGUGGUUGGUGGCUUUUGCCUCUAUAUUUUGUUAUACGAUGACGCUGUGAAUGCUGACCGCCUCUGGGGUGACCCUUCAAUUGUGAAACUGAAUAUUGCUAUUACCACAGGCUACCUCAUUUCUGAUUUGUUGCUUAUUAUUUACUACUGGAAGGCAAUUGGUGACAAAUAUUUUGUAAUACAUCACUUGGCAGCUCUGUAUGCUUACUAUUUUGUACUGAGCAAAGGUCUGCUGGCUUAUUUUGGAAACUUCCGUCUGCUUGCAGAGUUCUCCACUCCUUUUGUCAAUCAGCGGUGAGUGCUCAGGGGAUGUUUGCAUCGUUACUUUACAUCUUAAUUUGUAUCAUUUCUGUCACUUGGGAAGUCUUUUUUGUUGUCUAAUGUCUGCUGAAAGGGAAUUUAUAUUUAUGU